AUGUAUCUCCACAGAGGAAUUCCACUGCUCUUUUUGGUGCUGUUUUGGUUGGAAGCUGUUGAAAGUGGCAAAUCUGGAGAUGAGACUUCAUCAGCUGAUGUGUUAAUCACCAGUGAGUGGCUUAAUAAGGCCUGCAAGUGUGACUGCCAGGGAGGAAGUGGAUCAGUGCCAUCUUCUAGAAUAACUGGACUGGACUGCAUGCCGGAAUGUCCAUAUCAUAAGCCUCUGGGGUUUGAGUCAGGUGCUGUUACUUCAGAUCAGAUAAGUUCCUCCAACCAAGACCAGUAUACAGGCUGGUAUUCUUCCUGGACCGCAAACAAAGCUCGACUCAAUGGCCAAGGAUUCGGGUGUGCAUGGCUAUCCAAAUUCCAGGACAAUAGUCAGUGGCUACAGAUUGAUCUAAAGGACAUAAAAGUUAUCUCGGGGAUUUUGACACAGGGAAGAUGUGAUACAGAUGAAUGGAUGACCAAGUACAGUGUGCAGUACAGAGUGGAGGAUUCAUUGAACUGGGUUUACUACAAGGACCAAACUGGAAACAAUCGGGUGUUUUAUGGGAACUCAGACCGCUCAUCUACUGUACAGAAUUUCCUGCGACCUCCAAUCACUGCACGCUACGUUAAGAUGAUCCCACUAGGCUACCAUGUUCGCAUUGCUAUAAGAAUGGAGUUAUUGGAAUGUAUGAGCAAAUGUGCUUGA